UAGGAAAAUAGAAAGAAAAUGGUUGUCAGUUUUUCAUCUAUUUUUCUACGACUCAAGUGUACCCAAUUUGUUAAAAAUUGAGAAAUUAUUUAGUUAAUUCGAGCUCUAUCGUUAGAAAGUUUUGGAGGUGAAGGGUGCAAGGCAGCGCCACCAUCAGCGGUAUCGUGCUCAAUAUGCUUAGAGGCGGUGACAGAUAAUGGGGAUAGAUCUUGGGCCAAGCUUCAAUGCGGCCAUCAAUUUCACCUUGUGCAGGUGAAGGGAGCGUUGCCAAGAAAGGGUGGUGUCACUUGGAAAGGUCUUUCUUGUUGAUAGCAUAUGGAGAUGGAGGUGGUCUGGAUUUUGAAGAGAGAAGCAGAGAGAGAGAGAUGCUGAUUAGAAGAGUUCAAUAGAUCUUGAAAAUCUUCUUCUUUGUUGGUCAGAUUGCAUUGGUUCAGCAUUUAAUAUUAAGGGGGCAAUGCAGUGUCCUAACUGUCGAAAAAUUGAAAAAGGGAAAUGGCUUUAUGCAAAUGGCUGUCGUCUACUGCCUGAGUUUAACAUGGAUGAUUGGGCACAUGAUGAGGAUCUGUAUGGUCUGAGCUACUCUGAAAUGUCAUUCGGAGUUCAGUGGUGUCCAGUCAGUGGGUUGACAAGGUUCCCUUCAUCAUUUGAUGAAGGAGAAUUUUCAUCAAAUGCAUAUCAGGAUCAUCCUGGACAGCAUGCAAUAUUUGCUGAACAUACAGCUGUUUCAUCUGCUACUCAUCCUUGCCUGUAUAUUGCGUACAUUGGACCAGUUCAUCCUCCAUCAACCUCCAGUGGAAGUGUUUCAGAUGGAUCUAAUUUUAAUAAUCACUGGAGUGGCCCUUCAGCUCAAAAUGAUAUUCCUGGUUCUUAUGUUUUCCCUUCCAUGGAUGCACAUUAUCAAAAUUGGGAGCUCCAUUCCUCUUCUUUUGGUACUGGCAGCCGCAUUGGUGGUGCAGAUCAACCUUUGAUUCCAUCUGUGACUCAAAGAACAUUGAGGACCAGUUCUGAUAUUCCAAGACCAGGAUCUUUUAUGCAUCCAUUCAUUGUCGGGCAUAGUUCUGCCAGUAGAGUGCCCAGCUCUGUUACCUCUUCAAUGGUCCCUCCUUAUUCUGGUAGCAUCGCUAGGCCACAUGACCGUGUUCAGUCAUAUUUUCAGCAAGCUGGUAGUAAUCCAGCAGGACGCACCCCUUUAGUAUCUUCAACACGAAGAUAUUACAGCAGUCAUAGGGGCUCGGCUCAAGUUGCACCCAUGGCUUCAUCAUCUGAUCAGUCUGGUAACUUGUUACCAGCUUCAUCUGGACGAACCUACCAAGAAGCAGAAAAUCUUCUUCCUAAUCGUUCUCAUGCCUGGGAACGAGAACAUUGGCCUUCCUUCCCAUUAAGCCAGGCUGAAAGGGAGAUUUGGGGACCAUACCAUCCAGCACCUGGUGGAUCUGAUACCAGUAUCAGAUCAAGCAGUUUCCGUCCGAGGCACGGAUCAGAGAGGAUAGCGCCAUCUCAAAACCGGUCAUAGAUAUCUUAUUCUGUUCUGAUGAAAACUUUGAUUCCUAUGACUGAAAAUCUGAAACUCCGAUUAGUGUAUGUUUUGACAAAUGAUGUGAAACAUUUGCGUGGCUUUGAAAUUAUUGAUUUUUUAUCAGCCACGAGCUUGUGUGAUGGACUCCCAGCUUCCUGUUGUUUCUUUGCUUGGGGAUUGUAAGGUCAUAUGUUUAGUAGCAAGAGGUGGUCCAAAGCAGCAUUUGCUAGUUUUGUGCAUCCCAUGUAAAGGUCCCCUGAAUUAUUUUUCCUGGUCCAAAAGCGGACACUUAUCAAAUAUUUAUUUGGCUGUC